AGCCUCAAGAGAAGGAACACAACUGUCGAGAAGUCAGUAAGCAUGAACACAACAGUAGAUGGAUCAAGUUUUUGGAACUGCUCCAGUCUGAUAAAUCCAGAAGCAGGAAAAAUUGGAGCAACAGUUGCUCUUAGUUUGAGCCUCGUUUUCUCGCUGGUUGGAAAUUCUCUCAUCGUAUUAAUUGUUUACAAAACACCAACUUUGAGAAAACCGAUUAAUCUGUUGAUUGCAAACAUGGCCAUAUCCGACCUACUCUUUCCAAUAUUCCUGUUCCCUGUUCUCCUGGCAGAGAUGCACGUUGGCUCGUGGUUUAUUGGUGGUACCUUUGGCCAAGCCCUAUGCAAGCUACAUACCUUUCUUGCAGAUGCUUCCUCGUUCGUUUCGAUUCAGAGCCUGGUUCUGAUAGCAGUGGAUCGAUUUGGAGCUGUUGUAGUUCCACUCCGCCCUCGUCUCAUAACUAGAAAGCUGUGUCCAUUCUUUAUUAUCGCUACGUGGAUCACCGCAAUGGCUGUUCUUUCGCCAUUUCUUGUUGCUAAUAAAGUUGUUAAAUACCGAGAACGACUGAUGUGCGUAAGUCUGUGGAUAGAAAUCUUCGGAGGGACAUUUGAAAAUUACGCCCUAGCAGUUGUCGUCGUGUUUUACUACAUUCCCUUUGUCCUCGUGGUGAUACUUUACUCUAUCAUCUUAAUGAAGCUUAAAAUGCAAGCACAUCCAGGUGAACAGUCAGCCAACGCUGGAGAACAACGCACCAGGAGAAACAGAAACGUGGUUAAGAUGGCCGUUGCUAUCGUUGUAGUGUUUUUCAUUUGCUUUAUACCCUAUUUCAGUAACUUUUUGAUAGUUAGUCUUAGUGCACCGGACAGUUCCAUUUGGUUUUCAUGUAGUUUUGAUCUAUACUUCAUUGUCGCCUAUUACGUGUCUCACACAAACUCUGCUAUCAACCCGAUUAUCUGCCUCAUUUUUAGCAGUAAUUAUCGCCAAGCACUUAAGAGAAUUGUUAAUUGCUGUGAUACAGUGCAAGAUUAACUUUUGGAAACUAAAAGCUGGGUCUAAAGCGUUUCGUGUAAAUAUAAAAAUAAAUAGAUAAAUAAAUAAAUAAAUAAAUAAAUGAUAAUAAUAAUAAUAAUAAUAAUAAUAAUAUCGAUUAAAAAAAAACUUUUCUUCAAAAUGAUGGUGAAACAUUAUUAUCUUAACGUAAAUUAAGGCUUGAAAAACCACUGCAAAAACCGUCAACGAUCAAUCUAGCUCAACUUUGGAUCAAACAAGGUCGUAAUCUGUCGAAAAAGAUAAACAUAGAAUUAAAGUAAAAAAGACUACUGCAAAGACUGGUAAAACAACGUAAAAAAGGCUUUAGGUAUACAAUAUUUUAACUGGCCAGUACCAGCCUUCAUCAGGUAUAUUGGGAAAAAAAAACACGAAUUUACAGAACAUAUGCUGCUGUAAAAUAAUAAACGGAAGUUCAUGGUAUGACGUGGUAAGGUGUAAAUUACGAGAGCUGAUAAUGAUCUUGCAAUUAGUCUACCGGUAUUAUUUAGGUCUGUCAUUUUUGUUGUUGUUAUUUGAUCAGUUUGCAGUAGUGUCUCUUGAACAAGAUAAUAAUCUUGUUUACUCUUGCAUCUAAAAUUCUGGGUAACUUGUGAACCAAACUGCUUAAGGAACAGGUUCAACUUUUUCGUUAAUAAAACGUUGUGCAAAUUUAAGAGCAUUGUUUCUAAAUGAUCGUAGAAUUGAGUGAAAUAGGACAAUAAAAGUGCUUCAAUCUGCAAGUAAAGAGAAAACGAGUGUUCGACAAAAAUUCAAAUGGAACACCAUUACAGAAACGCGCUCAUUGAUAAUUGACCACUCCAGAAAAUACCAUAACAUACCAUAACGCUCUCUUUUUGCCACCCCAAAAUUUUGCAUAAGCACUGUGGAGAGAAACUGAAAACAAUGCUUGUACAAAAUUUUGGGUGACAAACAGAGAGCAUUAUGAUAUGUUAUGGUAUUUUGUGGAGUGAAUUGUCGAUAAGUGAAAAAUAACGUAGAGAGAGUUUCAAUCAUGAAGAAACCCACUCAGUGUAUAUCUCUUUCCUGGUUAUUGUUCUUGCUCGGACACCCGAAACAUUUGGCUAUUAUUAGAAGAAGAAUUAAUUCAUAGAACUUCACGCAACUAAUAAUACUUCAGUCUAUUCAAAACCUGUCUAAAUUUAAUCCGAAUUAGCAUGUAUUUUCCUUUGAACUCUUUAAAGUGGAUGUGUCAACAUGCUGAUUUGAAACGAAUUUUAACUUUUACAAACUUUAACCGUGUUCAAAUCGAUCGAUGUACUUCAGUUGGAUAAUACAUUUGCAUAAAAGUUUCUGCGGAAAAUUUGAUAUCUUUUGCUACUUUUGUUGUUUAACUUUUAAUAUUCGAUCAACACAUUUUAACACACAAAAAACACAUUAUUUAGCAAUUCUAUUGAAAUGAGAUACUCCGGGGGCGUUUGAAUCUGUUCAAAGCACUCACGGCACGAGACAAAACACGAUUUUAGGAGGAUCAAAGUACUUUUCCCUUGAAUACUUUGCAAGUUUCAUCAAAUUUUUACUUACGUUUUGAUUGUCAGUCAGGAACUUUAAAUAAACCAGCCCUUUCCCGUAUUUCCAGCCUUGCAUUCAGCCUCGUACCAAGGCCAGUUCGCUCUAUCCGAGUUACGAGAGGAGGCUUGGAACUGAGUGCGAAUUUUCCCGACAAGCUUGACAGGUGACGUCACAUCCGAAAUCGCCGAUGAUGACUGGGAACGAGGCUGCCUUGCAUUCAAUUUUGUUUUAAUUUCCACCUCAAGUGACGCCUGACAUUAGCACCUCUAUACUAGAGAUCCGGCGAGAACGAACCAGUCGGUUUACUUCACCCGUUGAGUAGACCUCAGCAUUCAAGGGUUUUUACCAGUUUGCGAUUCCGUAAAAAUAAUGUCAAAGCCCAUUACGUUGCGUUGCAGUUACAUUUAGGGACACUCUUCUCCAGAAUUUUUUUUNGUUUAACUUUUAAUAUUCGAUCAACACAUUUUAACACACAAAAAACACAUUAUUUAGCAAUUCUAUUGAAAUGAGAUACUCCGGGGGCGUUUGAAUCUGUUCAAAGCACUCACGGCACGAGACAAAACACGAUUUUAGGAGGAUCAAAGUACUUUUCCCUUGAAUACUUUGCAAGUUUCAUCAAAUUUUUACUUACGUUUUGAUUGUCAGUCAGGAACUUUAAAUAAACCAGCCCUUUCCCGUAUUUCCAGCCUUGCAUUCAGCCUCGUACCAAGGCCAGUUCGCUCUAUCCGAGUUACGAGAGGAGGCUUGGAACUGAGUGCGAAUUUUCCCGACAAGCUUGACAGGUGACGUCACAUCCGAAAUCGCCGAUGAUGACUGGGAACGAGGCUGCCUUGCAUUCAAUUUUGUUUUAAUUUCCACCUCAAGUGACGCCUGACAUUAGCACCUCUAUACUAGAGAUCCGGCGAGAACGAACCAGUCGGUUUACUUCACCCGUUGAGUAGACCUCAGCAUUCAAGGGUUUUUACCAGUUUGCGAUUCCGUAAAAAUAAUGUCAAAGCCCAUUACGUUGCGUUGCAGUUACAUUUAGGGACACUCUUCUCCAGAAUUUUUUUUUCCUCUUGUGCAGCCGGAUAACUGUGAAAUUUCUUUCAUUUGGUUAGCUGACUGCGAACGCUAGUAGACGUUUAAACUGUGUACUUCAGUUGGAUAGUGCAUUUGCAUAAAUAUGUCUGCCAAACAUUUGUUAUCAGUUUUGCUGCUUUUGUUCAACUUUUUUCAAUCAACAUGUUUUAAAACAAAAAAUGCAUUAUUUUAGCCUGGUUUCCAUAUGAUCGUCUGGAUCGUCCCAGUCGUUUCAAAAAAUUUCGAGACGAUCCCUCAAAGGCAAGAGACGCGGGGUCGUCAGCGAUGUCUUUGGGUGAGACAAUAGAAUUUUUGCGCCUGUUUCGCAAACUGAGCCAAACAUAAUGAUCAUUUUUAUUCGGGGAGCGAACCUCAUGCCUUACUAUCUGCGUUUAAUCUCGAUUUUGCGGCGUUGAGAAGCUAGAAGAGUUCCACGAUGACAUAGUAGACAUAGUAUCACGUCGAACUCGAUGUCAGGGAUUUUCUCUAGUUUCAAAUAGCGCCCAUACGCGACUUCGACUUCAGCGCCAUCUAGGUCGAGUUUAUUCUCGAUUACUGGAAUAAAAGUGAUGAUUUCUGAGAUAGCCUUCGAUCGUCUCAGUCAUCUGAGAGCGUUUCCAUAUGAUCGCUUCAAAAUUUACACGAUCGUCUUGAUCGUCCGGAUAGAAUUCAACUCUAUCCACUGUCUAUCCAAGUGAUCGAGGGUGUCUCAAUCGUCCGGGUCGUUUGCGAUAGUCCGGGUAGCGUUUCAAUAUGAUCGUUUCGAUCGUCUGCACAUUAUUUGAGAGGACUGGGACGAUCGGGACGAUCAUAUGGAAACAGGCUUUAGCAGUUCUAUUGAAAUGAAAUACUCCAAAGGCGUUUUUAAACCUGACGUUUUUAAACUGCACGUCUUUUAAACUGCACGUGUUUUAUCACUGCCCUUCGUUUUUAGAACAUUACUUAAAAUACCCUUGCUUUUAAACAUUUUUCUAGUAGAAAAUGAUAGAAGAAGUUCUUAAGAAAUCUUAGUCGUCAGUUAAGCGAGGUAUAUGUAUUUUUUCUAGUCGAUUCGUCAUUCAAAACGUGAAAACGGCUAAGAAAUCAGACAAAAAGAACACGACUUUAGAAGGAUAAAACUACUUUUUCCUUUGAAUACUUUACAUGUUUCAUUGUGCUAUAUAUACCGCUUUUGAUUUUUUUCGAGGAGUCAGGGUUGCUUUAAAUGGUGCAUGAUGGCGUGCAAUUUGGGUUUCAAUUGUUAAUUCAUUCUCCAUCCUCGCCGAAAUGAAAGUACAUAAAGGCUUCAAAAUCGCUGAUAUAGGCCAACUUAUUCUUGCACUAGUAUUUAGAUUUGGGGGUUACUUUGGUCGGAAAAAUUGAGCCGUGUCUUUGACACUCAUCAAACAUCAAUUUCUUUUGUUUUUUCUUUAUGGGUUAAUAAUGAGCUUUUGAAUGGAAUUUAAUGGACAGGAGACACGUUUCAGCGUUUUAAAAAGCAAAUAACCUGACAUAUAGCCCCCUCAAAAGCUAUACUGGAGGGGCAGGUGGGCCCUCCAAAUGGGAAAAUCGUGAAAGGAUCAGGUUUUGCAAUUUACGGCUUUAUAUUAUUGCGUAAGUCAUUUAAUGAAAAUUCAGCAGCUUUAUUAUUAACGCUCACUAGGAGUAUUUAUCCAAAGUUUUUACAGAAGUCCAUCUAUUGAAUUUAGAUUGAAAUCAAUUGUUUCGGAGAUUGUAUUAUAGUAUUAUUAAUUUGUUAAUCAGGUAUUCGACGGAGGUAUUAUUUAUAUUAAACAUAUAUAAGCCGGCAUUACUUGAACAGAAGGUGUUUUUGGAAGCAACAAAGUCUCAAGAGAACAGACCUGUGAAUGAGUCAGUAUAAGCAUGAACACAACAGCAACUGGAUCAAGUUCUUGGAGCUGCUUCAGUCUGAUAAAUCACGAAGCAGGAAAAAUUGGAGCAACAGUUGCUUACAGUUUUAUCCUUGUCGUUUCGCUGGUUGGAAAUUUUCUCAUCGUAUUAAUUGUUCACAAAACACCAACAUUGAGAAAACCGAUAAAUAUGUUGAUCGCAAACAUGGCCAUGUCCGACCUGCUCUAUCCAAUAUUCACGUUCCCUGUUCUUGUGGUAAAGGUGCACUUUGGCUCGUGGCUUAUUAGUGGAUUCCUUGGUCAGGCCUUGUGCAAGAUACAGAUUUUUCUUGCAGUCGUUUCCUUGUUAGUGUCUAUUCAGAGCCUUGUUCUGAUAACAGUGGAUCGAUUUGUUGCUGUUGUAGUUCCACUUCGUUCCCCUCUGAUAACUAGCAAGCAGCGUCCACUCUUCAUUGUCGCUACGUGGACUGUCGCGAUGGCCGUUCAACUGCUAUAUUUUGUUGCUGUUAAACAUGUUCAUUAUCCUGAAGGAAUCAUGUGCGAAAGUCAGAAGGCAGAAACCUUCGAAGGAGACACAUAUGCAAAUUACCUCCUGGUAGGUGCUACCGUACUUUUCUACACCCCCUUCGUCCUGUUGGUGAUACUUUACUCCAUCAUCAUGAUUAAACUUAAAAAACAAGCCCAUCCAGGUGAACAGUCAGCCAACGCCGAGGGACAGAGGACAAGAAGAAACAGAAAAGUGCUCAAGAUGGCUAUUGCUAUCGUUGUAGUGUUUUUCAUUUGCUGGAUACCUUUUUUCAGUAACCUUUUAAUAAUGUAUUUUUCCUCUGACAGUUCCAUUUGGUCUUACUGUAGUUUUAAAGUAUACUAUUUUGUCACCUACUUAAUGUGUAGAGGAAACUGUGCUCUCAACCCGAUUAUCUGCCUCACUUUUAGCAGUAAGUAUCGCAAUGGUCUUAAGAGACUUGUUACUUGCUAG